AUUUUACAGUUUUUACAAUUCAAAAAUUCUACAAAAAUACGAAUUAAUAUUUAUCUCUCAGUCAAAAUUCCAUCAGAAUUAAUUUAAUAUAAAGUAUUUCCUUUGUGAUAUAUUUUCUAGUUGAUAGUAUCAAUAACAACAAAGACAAAUAGCUUUAACGAUUUUCACAAUACAUUCUAUACACGCUUUGAAUGUCGAGUUAAACAAACUUCGACUUGAGUCCCGUAUGGCGCUUAUGAUUCUAACCUUAAUCAAGAUCUCUAUUAUUAAUCGUUGUCUCUCUAUAUCAGACUUAUUUUUUUCUCAAUAAUAAUGACAUUAACUGGUAUAAACAUAUUAAUGUGAUUAAAUAUAUUAUUGCGAAGAGCUUUGUCGACUAUAAGUAUCUAAAGCAGUUGAACAAAUCAUUUACAAUUAUAAUGGAAAUUAUAAUACAUGGAAUUGGAUGGUUUUUAUCUAUGGAAUGAACUUAUUUUCAAGCAAAGCAAUGAACAAUAUCUCUGGUCAGUUUCGUAAGACCACAUGGGAUCCUAUACUCAUUAUUUCACAAAUAGUAGCAGUACAGUCUGUCAUGUAUUUUUUUCUUGGAAUUUGGAUCUGGAUUAUAGCGUCGCUUUUAGGCUCUACAAAUUCUUUGGAUUAUGCCUUUCAAUAUAAGGAAAUACACGUUCGUAAUUUUGGAGGACAAUUAGUAAUAGUAAUCUUUAUUUUGAACGCGUUAGUAGGUGCUAUGGCUUUAUGGUGGUUAGUACAAAGAACAAAACAGUGUAUGGACUUUGCAUGUACAGCUCAUUUAAUACAUUUGUGUUGUUGUUGGGCAUACAAUGCCAGUUUUCCAACUUCAUUCAGUUGGUGGAGUUUAAAUAUUGUUUCCUUGAGUAUAAUGUGUGUAUGUGGAGAAUUUCUUUGUAUGAGAACGGAAUUGCAAGCAAUACCACUAGGUAUGAAUAAUCAAAAAACAGCCUUGUAAUAAAGAAGUGUAUAUAUUGUCUAAUGAACCUGUUAGGUCAAUAAUAUGAAUACACUUUUCUUUAA